AUGGCGGACAAGGAAGGAGGGAUUGUGAAGAAGGGCCACGACGAGGGUUUGAAGAUGGCGGUGUCUCUUCUGGAAGAGUUCGGGCUGCCGCUGGGGCUUCUCCCCCUUGCCGACGUAAUCGAAGUGGGCUUCGUCCGGAGCACCGGCUACAUGUGGAUCCAACAGGAGAAGAAAGUGGAGCACUAUUUCAAGAUGAUCAGCAAGUUUGUGAGCUACAACGCCGAGAUUACCGGCUUUGUCGACAAGAAACGGAUCAAGAAGCUCAAGGGAGUUAAGGCUAAGGAGCUCAUGCUGUGGCCGCCCGUCAGCGAGAUCACCGUCGAUGACCCGCCCACCGGAAAGAUCCACUUCAAGAGCCUCGCCGGCAUCACCAAAACUUUCCCCGUCGAGGCGUUUGCGGCCGGCCAGUGAUGCAAAACCAACUACUCAAUGUGAUGGAUCGAUCCUUGUUUUUUAUUUUAUGUUCACCUCUUUCAGAUACUCCAGCUAUAUGUUUUCUGACAGAUUCUCGAUCAUGAUAUGCAUGUGCUGGGAA